AACGGAACAUAGUGGUUGUCAGGACGACCAAGUUCUAACACAGUUUUCUCAAGGGGAGCGCCUCCAGACCAUAAUAACACUUAAAACAAGCGCACCCUGAGAACAUUAACCCACCCAGAUCAGAGGCAACCGCUACAGGCGGAGAACAACAAACGCAGUGUUAUUGAAUUACGAAAGAGGCGCAACCACAAGCCAUCAAUUUACAGCUAUGAUGGGGUGGUUUUUAAAAAUUGGACUUCUGUCUCUGAUUAUUAUGUUGCUGCUGAAUUUUGAAUCAACUUGUGCUAAAAGAGGCAGUGGCGGCAGCAGCAGCAGCAGCAGUGGAAAGAAAUCCACAACGUCCAGCCGAGGAAGUGGAACCCAAUCAAAGCCAUCAAACUCUCAGCCCGGAAACUAUCCUCGACAGCAGAGCCCCAAUCGCAAUGCCAAUCCGUAUCCUUCUGGAGGGAAUUACCCGUACCCUGGAAGUAAGAAUACUAAUCCAGGCGGGAAUGCCCGACAAAAUCCACCAAGUUAUCCAGCAGCCGGGAGCAACCCCAAUCAGUAUCCAGGAGGGAAUCCUGCUGGAGGUUACCCUGCAGGAGGAUACCCUAAUCAACCAGGAAGAGGCAAUUAUCCAAAUCAAAACCCAGCAGGAGGCUACCCUGCAGGUGGAUACCCUGCAGGUGGAUACCCUGCAGGUGGAUACCCUGCAGGAGGAUACCCUGCAGGAGGAUACCCUAAUCAACCAGGAAGAGGCAAUUAUCCAAAUCAAUAUCCAGGUGCUGGAGGCUAUCCAGCUGGUGGAUACCCCAACCAAGGCAGAGGAGGAUAUCCUAACCAGUACCCUGCUGGAGGGAAUUAUCCCAACCAGUACCCCGGAGCAGGUGGUUACCCAGUCAGAAAUACAGGGCCUGGUUUGGGUCCUGGAGCAGCUGGUGGCUACCCAGGUGGUUACGGUGGAGGUUAUGGUGGAGGUUACGGUGGUGGUUAUGGUGGAGGUUAUGGUGGAGGUUACGGUGGUGGCUACGGUGGAGGAGCAAUUGGCGGUUACCCUAACUGGAACCCAAAUAAUAAAAUUCUCAGCCCGAGGUUUGGUGGCGGAGGUUAUGGAUAUGGUGGCAAUGGCAUGGGAGGAUCUCCUUUCUCUCGUUCUGUGCAGGGAAUGGGAAUUCAGCCCAAAUCAACAGGCUUUGCCAAAAAAGCCAUGGUAGCAGCAGGUGUCGGUGCAUUAGCUGGAAUGGCUGUCGGUUAUGGGCUAGGGCGCUUCCCUCGACCACAUUUUGCCUUCCGUAACCCCGAAGAAGAAUACUAUUACAACAACUACAUGUACCGUCAGUAUGGGACCAAGUCAACAGAUCAAAAAGACUAUGGGCGGGACUAUGUCUACAAGCUUCCUCCACGGGCCAAGACCUACGAGAACUACAUGAGUGAGUGCAUGAAUCGCACUGACCUCCUCAAAGACCAAGGCUCAUCGAAUAGUGGAGCAACUGAUGAGGAUAACGACACCGUCAGCAUUGAAGAAAUUGGUUACCCAGCCCUGAUCGACCAAGUCAAGUCCCGCCGCUGCGUGGAGGAGUACAUGAAGUACUCUGCACAGUACAUGGAGGAACGAAAGUUUGAACAACAGCAACAGCCAAGAGAUAGUGCUCCUAUGAGCAAUGGGGUGAUGCAGCUUUUCACGUCUGGCUUCGUGCUUCUGUCCAGCAUGCUACUACUGCAGUGAGGAAGAAGAAAAGGAAAACCUUUCAGCCACAUCCCAAAUAGAUUUCUCCUGCUUCCAUUAUGGCUGUAACAGUAGCAGCCUGUGUAUCUAAUCUUUAAAAUAGAAGCGAUAGCUUACAGAUUGUUACAGUCAACUUUUCUGCAAAAGUAGUGUACUCUGGAUUGAGUUUUUAAGUCUGCUUUUCAGAAUAUAUUUAAUUUACUGCACUUUUUUGUUUUUAAUCUUUAAUGCUUGGUGAAGAGCAAAAUUUCUGAUGGAAUUGAUGGUAUAAAUGAUUAAAUAGAUAUGCUGUGUUGUUUGCCAAAAUCUGUUAGAGUAAAUACAUUUGUGGAGUGAUUUCUAAAUUAUGUAAUUAGUGUAUUAUAUAUCUUUAAAAGGAAUCCUUUUUGACAAAAUAUAUUUACACUUUAGCUGUUGAGAUUUCCCUUUUCUCUUGCAAGACUUUGUUCUUACAUAAGUUUGUGUAUGAAAAAAAAGGAGGUCAUAGCUGUGAGGAAAUGGUUCAAAUAAAGCAACUCUUCGGACUGGAAACACUUGACUGCCCUCCUGAUCCCACGAAAGCCAAAUCAACACUCAAGGGAAUAAAAAAAACAAACAAUUUUUGCAGAGAGGAGUGUUAUAAGGAAAGAAUACAUCCGUAUUAAAUGAUUGCACUCAAUAUGUAUGCAUAACACUGUAGUUAAAGAUGCACUGAGAAAUUAGAAAAUGCAGUUUUUAGCAUAAUUCGCCCUGAUGAUUUUAUGAUCAGUGAAUGCAGCAAAACUAAAUACCUGGUCAAGCAUUCUUUAAUGUGGAACUUGAUUUAGAGGGAGGAAGUUGGACGUAUUGAACAGUUUUUUUUUUCCUUUGGAAGCCUAUGAGGUGUUCAUUCAAGCAGCAAAAGAGAGCUUGACUGUGGUUCUACUGGUCAUUCACCAUGUUCUACUUUUUUUCUUCUUCUGCUCAGAAGCAUAUAAAAACAGAAAUUGGGCAUUUUGAUAAACUAAAUGGGUAAAUCGACUUGAUACAAGAAAAUACCCGAGUUAUAAGGCUGUGAGGUUUUACAAGAAAGUGUCUCAUGAAAGAUGGUGGAUGUAGAAAUAAUCAGCUAAACGACUUUUAAUCAGGAGAUCAAAAGUUUGCUAAAACAGGAAAUCAGACAUAAAUUUCUAAUCUGGGCGUCUUUAGAAAUUAGCUAAAAAUUCAGAAUAUAUAACCUAGAAUUAUGAGAUGUUUCCCCUAAUGUGUGAAAUGUGUGUAAACUGUUAUCUCUCAUCACAAGAGAUAACAGUUGAAACGUUCUGUGUAAAAACGACUUUCUUUCUCAGCUUUAUCCAUCCCAGACAUCUUGUUUGACUUCUGCUAGCUUGCUCUAACUUCCUGUUCUUAAUCUUUUAAAGUUUUUGAUAAAAAAGGAGAGAUCAGUGUGCAAUGUCACUAUGCUUCUUGCAGCUAUCGUGAAUGCUUUGUGCGCUGUUCGGUAAUAAUGUUGGAUGCUUUUAAUCUGCACAUUUAUAACAUUUCUAACUUUAUUGUUGCCCCAGGUAAUCCCUGAAUAUUGUGUAUCUUCAGAGAGGAAGCGGAGGCAAUGUUGCUGAGAAAGUUGUAUGAUAUACCCAGCAUGAGUUGUUAGUUUUAUAGCAAUUAUUGUCCCUGUGCACAUUCUCCCAGCUUACCUUAUUGUCGGAAACUUAAGUCAUCGACUAUUUGGUCUUGAUUUUUUAUAAAUAUCUUCCUGUAUGCAUCUGGAUUUUUCAACACAGUGACAGUCAUUUUUCAAGCCUUGGUAACUUUGUAAAUAAUUUAUUUGUUUUUACUCUAACCUCUAUUGUCACAGUUUAAGUACAGGAUCUCAUUAGAAUAUAUCGCAAUAGGCUUUUCUGUCCUCAAGAUGAGUUGAACAAUGUUGUUAAAUAAUUCCAUUUUCACUUCCUAAAAGCCAAUUGUUCUCUGUUUCCAUAAUUGUAUGCAUCCCUGUGUAGGGAUAUGAAAUGUCUGUUUUUUUUUUCAACCCAUCAUCUUUUUACAUUGACGUUCUCUUCUUGAUUUUGACCAUUAUUGGUGAGUAAAAUUUAUCUGAAUAAAAUUUUGUUUUCAGAGCAUGUAGAUUUCUUCUGCUGAAUAUCUGUAAAGUGCACUUAUUCCCCCUCUGGAUAUUCCUUUGUUGGCUUAUUACAUUUACAUGUCAAAUGGCAACUGUUUGUCAACAUUUUGACUCACUGGUGUAAACAUUUUACCAUAGCUUGUCAUGGAUGUUUAUGUCUGAAAUAAAUUCACUUCAAAAAUGA